AUGUCAGAGGCAGAAAUCGCCAAUGAGGUUAGAAAGCAUUUCAAAGCACUACUUUCCAAAUAUGGAUUGCGAAAUAUCGACAGGUUGCUGCCUUGGAAAAGGAUCCUGAGACAGCUUGCCGCGUCGGACCUCAUAUGCGAAAACUGGCCGGAGCGCGUCCACUAUCCUGGACAGCUGGCAACAGGCAAAGGGAUUGCUGAGCUAGGUGCCGGUGAGAGAGUACGCCUGUUACGUGCUCUUGUGCAUGCUCCCGAAGAACAACGCUUAAGAUUCCGCAAACGUCGAGCCCAUGAAAUAAUCGGAAACGAGUUCUUGCUCGUAAUCCUUGGUGUUUCUCCCUCUCGACCUGGUUCUCGAGGAUUGUGCGUCUAUGUCUCAGCGACGAGCGCCGAGAUGAUAGAUGACCAGCUCAGUUUGGAAUACGGCUGUUGGCCCCAAGAGGCUCGAUCUGGGCUCCUUGAGAUUCAAAUGAAUCCGUCAAAGUCUCAGAAACGACGAGUGGAUGUGCAAGAUGUACAAGAUAUCCCGAAAAAACAGCCGCGCCAUCGAGAACGUACGGAUGACGCUCUUCAUCAACGGCUCAGCCCACCUGAUGCUGCUGACAAAGUUGAAAGUACGCUGUUUGAGGACUGA